UAGGCUACCACCAUUAUUUUGCCAAUGUAUUCCAUUUAAAUGUAGCAUGUAUCACUAUAUGUAUCAACAACACGAGGAUUGAAGGGUUACGGUUGUGGUCGAUGUCAUCAAACGUGGUCUCACAAACGCUCUUGCAACUAGGCUCGUGUUCGUUUUAAGCCAAUGAAAUCAUUGGGCAUACAGCGAAGAGGAAGGUUGCCAGCCUUUUCUGAUCUGUAAACAAGAAGGGGAGCAGGGCUUCCGAGCACUUUACCUAGCACAGCUAACCAGCUAGAUAGCUAGCAUUUCUUCUGUGGUUCUGUACGAAAUUUUGGAGGGAUUACCUGUAGGCCUUCACCCUAAGCAGGAAGACUAAUUCUUCCCGCUGAAGCUUUUCUGUUACACACAUCAACGAUUAAAAUGUCGGUGUUUUCAGAAGUGGCUUUAGAGAAGAAACUAUCCGAGCUCAGCAACUCCCAGCAAAGCGUUCAGACGCUGUCUCUUUGGUUAAUCCACCACAGAAAACACUCGAAAGCUAUCGUCACUGUUUGGUUCAACGAACUAAAGAAAGCCCAGGUCCCUCGUAAGCUCACGUUCGUCUAUCUGGCCAAUGACGUGAUUCAGAACAGCAAGAGGAAGGGACCAGAGUUCACGCAGGACUUUGCUCCUGUCAUUGUAGACGCCUUCAAGCAUGUCUCCAGCGAGGGAGAGGAGGGCUGUAAGAAGCAGUUGGCUCGGGUGCUCUCCAUCUGGCAGGAGAGGGGUGUCUAUGACAACAACCUGCUGGACCAGCUGUCCCAGGUCCUGUUCGGAGAGAAGAAGGCUAAGAAGCGUCCCUAUGAGGAGAUCAAAGCAUCAAAUGAUGACUUUGCCACCCAGAGCUCCCCAGGAGAGCCCCCACAGACAGCAGAGUUGAUCCGAGCGCUGCAGGAGCUGGAGAACGCCGCCUCCCAUGACUCUGCUCUCCGCCAGAGAAUCUCGGCACUGCCAGCCGAGGUGCAGGACACCUCGCUACUGCACCGUAUUACAGAUAAGGAGACGGGCGAUCGCUUGGCGCGGGCGGUGGAGGAGGCCUGCAUGUUGCUGGCAGACUACAGCGGGCGGCUGGCGGCCGAGAUUGACGACCGGCGGCAGCUGACGCGUACACUGGCCAUCUACCUACAGAGCCAGAAGGAGGGCCUCGCCCACAACGAACAGAAACUAGAAGAAUAUAAGCGGAAGCUGGCGCGGGUGUCUCAAGUUCGGAAGGAGCUGCGCUCACGUCUCAACGGCCUGCCUGAUCUCUCGCUUCUCCCCAGUGUCAUGGGAACACAUGUCCAGCUGCCUGAAGCCGACCUGUACGACCCCGCCGCCAACUGACCUUUCCCCUUCCGACCCCUGGCUUGUUACAGGCCACAUCCAUCCUGAUGGACACAGUUUCACCCAAUCGCCAUCCCCCAUCUGACUUUGGCCCUCCUCCUCUGUGUCGUGCAGCUAGCUCCCUGCUCUCUGUCUUUUGCUCUCCCUCUCUCCGACAUUCUCUCUCUCCGUCUUU